CUUUAAAUCUUGAAUUGCAACUUUCUCUGAAUCCGUAGUAUCAAUUGUUCGACUUCACUCACUAAAUCACCGCUAGCCUUAUAUACUGGAUGGGGAAAUCACAAGCAGAUGAGAAGAUUCUCAGCUACAACGAUGUGGUGCUUAGAAGAUCGGAUUUAGACAUCCUUAGUGGUCCAUAUUAUUUGAACGAUCGAAUUAUUGAGUUUUAUUUCAGCUAUCUUUCUUCAUGCCAUCCCUCUCAGGAUAUCCUGCUGGUUCCACCAUCCAUUGCAUUUUGGAUAAUAAAAUGUCCUGUCACUGAGACUCUCAGAGAUUUCUUAGAGCCCCUUCAUUUGUCCGAUAAGACGCUAGUUAUAUUUCCCAUCAAUGACAAUGAUGAUGUUGACAAAGCUGAAGGUGGCUCUCAUUGGAGCUUACUUGCAUAUUACCGCAACGCUAAUCUGUUUGUCCACCAUGACAGUUGUAGAAGCAUGAAUACAGCACCUGCUAAGCAACUCUAUAGAGCUGUUGUUGGACACAUGGGAGUCUCUGGAUCAGCUUCUGAGGCCAUCUUUCUGGAAUGCACUGAUUCACCCAUACAAGAGAACGGUUAUGACUGCGGCUUAUAUGUUACUGCCAUAGCAAGAAGAAUAUGCAACUGGCACGUGAAUCAUAAAAAUACUGAUCCAAAUGAUCUGUGGUUCUCUGCUGUGAAGGAACAGGUUACUCCAUCUGCUGUUGCCAGCAUGCGAAGCGAGAUUCUGGCCUUGAUCAAAGAUCUUAUGGCAAGGCAUUGAGAUUGCCAUGGUUUAUUCAAUAAGAACCAAAUGAUCUGUGGUUCUCUGCUGUGAAGGAACAGGUUACUCCAUCUGCUGUUGCCAGCAUGCGAAGCGAGAUUCUGGCCUUGAUCAAAGAUCUUAUGGCAAGGCAUUGAGAUUGCCAUGGUUUAUUCAAUAAGAACGGAGUUCUUGCUUGAAGUCUUGAAUUUAAGUUUGAGCUUCUUCUAUAACUCGAUGAGAAGACUUCUGUUUUAGUGUCAAGUCUAUUUGAAACCUUUGUCUGCCUAGUCAGGGCUGAAGCAAAUUUGAUCGUUUGGUAUUUGGAUGGUAGUUGUGCAGUAAAUACAAAGAUGGAAACACAUCUUGGGAAGUUGUCUGAAACACUGUAUAAAUUGUCAUUGCCAUUACACCUUCAACGUAGUUGCAGGCUUUCUCGCUGUUAAAAAGUAAUUGAAGAAUCUGUGUGCAUUUACAUGUCUCUAUUAUGUGAGACAAAUAUUUCUUUAUCUGCUGUCCACUGUCUUAUGCAUGCUAGAUUGCUUUUCAUUGGUUUUUCUUUGACAAAAUCCAUUUUUCAAUGUUAACUUCAACUAGAAAUAUAAUUACAACAACUAAGUUUCAUUCUAACAGGUAAAGUCGACUACUCUGGAUUAUAAGACGUCAUUAAAUUCGUUCAAAAGUCUUAAAUUGAACUAGAAAUGUUUACACUAAAUUUGAAAGCGAUGCAUGAUGUUCUGCUUAUAUUCGCCCAACUAUAAUCCCUUGAAUCCGAGGUUCAUUGAAUAUCCGGUCUCUAUGGCUGUCAUGUGUGUCAUCAACCUUGCCAGAUUAUUGCGCAUGGAUAUACACCGAUUCAAAUAGUCCAUUACACCCACUUGAAAAAUAGUCAAUGGUAGAGGAUUUAGAGGCUUCCAUCUUUUAGGUACAAAUAUGUUUCAUUUUGUUUUAAAGGACAAUCUGAAUACUGUGUCCCCAUCACACUUGUGCGUGGACAUUUAGAAAUAUCAGCGAGAGGAUUGGUACUUCGGUAGCGAAGACAAUUGAGAAUAAAAAUUUGAAUCAACA